ACUCUCUCUCUUCUCUGUUUGACUGUGUGUCGUUCCUCCCCACCGAGACGAGACCGAAGUGUUCUCUUUGUAUCAUCUCUGAAUCUAAAGUUUCUUUUGUCUGUUAAAUUUUUUUUUUUUUUUUUUGGGGAUAUAUCUGUAGAAGCAAGAAAAUAUGUGAGGCGCAGAGACGCAAAUUCAUGGCUUUCUGUGGAUGGAAUUUCGACCACCUCUACAGCUCCCACUGGCAAUUUAGAUCUACUCCUCUUCAAUGACUUCCUCUGCAUCGUCUCCGGCCCCUCUCGUUCACUCCCUCAAUGGGGAUGUCUGAUAUUUAUUAGUUUUAUCCCUGAAAAAAGACCCACAAAAUCUAGAAGGCUACUCGUAUCAAUAUGGCUCUAUAAAGUGACAAUCGCUUGAAGUUCAAAAGAUGGCCUUUUAUUCUGAGGAAGAAAAAUCUGAGGAUUACCUCUUCAAGAUUGUUUUAAUUGGUGAUUCUGCUGUUGGAAAAUCAAAUUUGCUUGCAAGAUUUGCUAGAGAUGAGUUCUACCCUAAUUCAAAGUCAACUAUAGGAGUAGAGUUCCAAACCCAAAAGAUGGAUAUCAAUGGAAAGGAAAUCAAGGCUCAGAUCUGGGACACAGCUGGUCAAGAGCGAUUCAGGGCUGUUACAUCUGCAUAUUAUAGAGGUGCAGUUGGAGCUCUUGUUGUGUACGACAUCAGUAGACGCCAGACAUUUGAUAGCAUUGGCAGAUGGCUUAAUGAACUUCACACUCACUCCGACAUGAAUGUAGUUACGAUACUUGUUGGCAAUAAGUCUGAUCUCAAGGAUGCCAGGGAGGUGCCCACUGCUGAAGGCAAAGCCUUGGCAGAAGCACAGGGUUUGUUUUUCAUGGAAACAUCUGCUCUCGAUUCCUCCAAUGUAGUUGCUGCUUUUCAGACAGUUGUGAAAGAGAUCUACAAUAUAUUGAGCCGGAAAGUGAUGAUCACUCAAGAGCUCAAGAAACAGGAUACUACCUGGAUGGAAAAUGGAAAGACUGUGGUUUUACAAGGAAAUGGGAACCAAGAAACAGUGGCAGGGUCUAGAAAAGGUUGGUGUUGCUCAUUUUAAAGCCUUGCUUGGACCAUAAAUGAUCUUUUUGCCGUUCACGCGGGCCUGAAUUGUCAAGUCUAGUUAUACACUUUUUUUCAUGUGAUCAAAUUUCUUGAUUUUCUUGCAAUUAACACUUUGUUCUGGAUCAAUGGCGGUUGAAUAGAUGUUGGGGUAGAGUACAUGACCUGUAAAGGAACUUAGAAAAUCAUAGUUUACACUUCGAAUAUCAUUGCUAGGCAUUAUGCUUUUCUUCA